CCUCCCCACUGAGGUUACAUUCCCAGUCCCACCCUCUUGACGGGAGGUUCGGCUGGAGUGCCGCUGUCUGUUGCCACGGUAGCCGCUUUGAGGGGUGGAGAAGCAGCAGCAGCAGCAGCAGCAGCAGAGGCCGCGGAGAGAAUGAACAGGAAAAAGCUGCAGAAGCUGACCGACUCCUUGUGCAAAAGCGCUAAGCACUUCAAUAAAUUUGAAGUGGAAUGCCUCAUAAAACUUUUCAACACCUUGGGAGUAGAGCCUAGUGAACGACAUGCAGUUGUUGGCUUAGAUCGUAACUCAUUCCGAAAUAUCCUGCAUGUCACAUUUGGAAUGACAGACGACAUGAUUAUGGACAGAGUGUUCCGUGCUUUUGACAAAGACAAUGAUAGUUGUGUCAGUGUAACAGAAUGGGUAGAAGGCUUAUCAAUAUUUCUUCGUGGGACACUGGAAGAAAAAAUAAAAUACUGCUUUGAUGUCUAUGACCUGAACAGCGAUGGAUACAUUUCACGGGAGGAAAUGUUUCAUAUGCUGAAGAACAGCCUUCUGAAACAACCUUCAGAAGAAGAUCCUGAUGAAGGAAUUAAAGAUUUAGUAGAAAUAACAUUAAAGAAAAUGGAUUAUGACCAUGAUGGCAAACUGUCUUAUACGGAUUUUGAAAAGGCUGUAAGAGAUGAAAAUCUCCUUUUAGAAGCAUUUGGACCAUGUUUGCCUGAUAUGAAGGUAUAUAUCCAAUGUGUAUCAGAACACAGAACUGAUGUAUGUGGUAAACCCAUUCUAAUACAAUCUUAUGCAUGUUUGGGGUGUUAUGUGGUUAUCUGCAUGACUGUGUUCUAGUAGCAUUUUCUCCAAGAACACAGCCAUACAGCCUGGAAACCACACAACACCCCAGUGAUUCUGGCCAUGAAAGCCUUCAACAAUACAUUAUGCAUGUUUACUCCAAGGUAAGCCUUGUUGUGUUAAAUGUGGCACACUCUUCUGCAUAAGAUUUUACUGUUUGCUGAAUAUAUUAGGGUGAAUUUCCAACCCCAAUAUUAACUAUUAAGUACAGUGCACUGAAAUGUCCAUUUUCCAAUGAGAAGAAGAGCUUGGAUUUAUAUUCCCCCUUUCUCUCC